AUGUAUGCGUAUGCGGUGAAGCAUCUGCUGUACACUCCCCCGGAGCCUGUGCCACUGCCCCCGUCGCUCCCGGGCCCGAGCAGACCUCCGGCUGUUGUUGUACCUUCGAGCUCGCGCCAGCAACCUUCGGGCUCGCGCCAGGAACCUUCGAGCUCGCGCCAGGAACCUUCGAGCUCGCGCCAGGAACCUUCGAGCUCGCGCCAGCAACCCUCGAGCUCACGACAGCAGCCCUCAACGAUCAUACGCAAGAGGUCCUCGAGUCUGUUUAACCAGCCAUCGAGCUCAAAGCAGUACCCGCAACGAGAACUAGAGAUAGACGAAAUGAGUAUAACAGCCCUUGCCAAUAUCGAAGUCGAUUCUUCAUGCGACAAGGAGCCUGCCGAGACGGAAUGCGAUAGUAUGGAACAGUCGUGGGUCUCCAGAGCACUGGAUAUACUGCACCACACGUAUCUUGUCAUGAUGGACGAUGAGCUCACUCUCGCGCCCAUAGACCCGAACCCUCGGAAAAUACUGGAUGUGGGCACAGGCACUGGGAUAUGGGCUAUCGACAUGGGAGAGAGAUAUCCAUCUGCCGAAGUCAUUGGAACCGAUCUCUCACCUAUUCAGCCCUCAUGGGUCCCCCCAAAUGUACAUUUCCAGAUUGACGAUGCCGAGUCCGAAUGGACCUUUCCUAAGAACUACUUCGACCUGAUACACAUCCGUCACCUCAGCGGAGCCAUCAAAGAUUGGGAAAUUCUCUAUACCGAAGCCUACAAACACUGCAAACCCGGUGGUUGGAUCGACAUCGCCGAAUACGAAAUGGACAUCUUCAGCGACGACGGAACCCUCCCGCCCGACUGCGAGCUCAAGAAAUUCUAUACACUCGUCUCGCAGGCCGCCGAUAUUACUGGCCGCGAAUUCAACAGCUCUGCCAACUUGCUCCCCGUCAUUGAGAAGGUUGGUUUCGUUAAUGCGCACCAUACAAUGGUCAGGAUGCCACUGGGUCCCUGGGCGGCGGACAAGAAGCAGAAGGAGGUUGGCGCAUAUUUACUACUAAGUACGGAGACUGGCUUCGAGGCGUUUGGGAUCAAGUUGUUUACGCAGGUGUUGGGGAUGGGCACCGAGGAGGCGGGAGCGCUGAUCGGGGCGGCGCAGAAGCAGGCGAACAGUAAGAAGAUGCAUGUGUAUGGGAAACAUCAUCUUUAUUAUGCGCAGAAGCCGUUGGAUGCGCAGAGUUAG